AUGUCACAGUGUCGUAUUCGCAUGAAGGAGGGUCGCAUUCAGCAGGUCUCGGAACCUCCAGUUGGAGAGGUGGUCGGUCAGCUUGCCAAUGUGAUACAUCGCAACGCCGUGCAUUCACUGGAAACCUUCAGUAGAAUCUUGGGGAAAAUUGACGCCUUUAGCGCGCGGUUCAUCGUCUUCGAGGGGGGUUUAUUGGACGGGAUAGCUGCUGGAGCUGACGAGGAGCGAAUGCCACAGGCAACAUGCGAGGGCUGUGAUAUUCGGCCAUCAAAGCACGAAAUAGACGAGACUUGUACGCAGGAAGGUGGGGCAGGGCACCCUCUACAGCGAAGCAACGUACUGUACUUGACAGCAGGACUUCGCGCAUUAACCUUUCCUCCUCCAUUAUUGCUUGGGUCCUUUACGGUACCACGGCGACCAUCAGCAGCGCCGACGGCCCCUUUCUUGAUGCCCGUGCUCCACGCCGCUGAAUUCUGGAGAGCAUCUCGACCUGUGCAGAUCGCCGAUGUACAGGAGCCGGGGAGGGUUGCGUCCUUUGAAGGUCCCAGACACCACCGACCAAGGGACCAGCACCAGAACCAGCAUCAGCAGCGUCACGGACCGCGAGUCAGUGCACCGCGGGACCGGCUCCGACAAUCUGAAGUGGAAGGGGAAGGGGAAGUGGAAGUGGAAGUGAAGCUUGCAUCGGUACGGUACGGUACGGUACAUCGAGCAUCUGAAAGUUCUGGAGGCGCCCAUCUGGUCCUGGGUAUCUGGGAUCCAGUCAGUGCAGUUUAG